CUCUGUGCUUUAUAGAUGCAUAUAAUCCCUGAGUUGACCCAGAAAACAAACUCCUCUGACUGUCGAGUCGCCGCAGAGUUUGUAUCCGCCGCAGGGCUGCAUGUAGCCGGAGCAUCAGCUGGAGAAACAACCCCGGCACUGAUCCAACUUCUCCGUACGGAUUCCACAUUAAUACAUCGGGGUGACAGAGCAGCCAUGGCCGAACACAUGAUGAUGCCCAUGACCCACGGCUUCAGAAUGGGCAUGAAUGGGCCUCCACAGCACAACGGUCAGCCCGGCCUGCGCAGCCUGCCCAACGGCCAGGUGAUGCACUACGGCAGGAACCCUCAGAACAACAUGGAGGCGGCCAUGAGACAGCGGCCGGUCAUGGUGGGACCUGGAGGGAUGGCCGGCCCCAUGAACGGAGCCCCCAUGGCCAACCACCACCACCACCAGAUGAUGUCUGGGAACAUGAUGUACAAUGGCCAGGUCCCGCAGCAGCAGCACCACCACAUGCACCCCCAGCAGCAGCAGCAACAGCAGCAGCAGCAACAGCAGCAACAGCAGCAGCAGCAGCAGCAGCAGCAGCAGCAGCAGCAGCAGGGUGGACACCUACAGCAGUACCACCCUGGUACCCUCACCUCUCAGCAGCUCAUGGCCAGCAUGCACCUGCAGAAACUCAACACUCAGUACCAUGGACACCCGCUGGGCUCAGCCAAUGGCCACCACUUGCCCAAUGGCGCUCAGUACCGGGUGGGGCCGGCCCAGCUCUCAAGCAUGCAGCACAUCGGUGGCCCUUUGGGGCCAAAUGGCAUGGACAUGGAUCUGAUCGACGAGGAAGUUCUGACUUCACUAGUGCUGGAGUUUGGGCUGGACCGUGUUCAGGAGCUACCUGAGCUCUUCCUGGGACAGAAUGAGUUUGACUUCAUAUCGGACUUUGUGUGCAAACAGCAGCCGAGCACGGUGAGCUGUUGAGCGAAGCGGCCGGAAGCUGGUUGGGUUUGUUUGGACUGGACACCCCAAAGAAUGACUGAGCGGUCACAGUAGCACAGCGAGAGGAGACAAUCUCUCUGUUCUGUUUGGGUGUUUCUGUGUCUGUGUGUUUGACAGUGUCUAGUACACCUUCACACUGACCUGCCUGCAAGUUGAUGAAGAAAUUUGAUGAGAGAAAAUGCAACAGCUGCACCGGCGUUCUCUUCUUUGAGCCGGUGCCAGUCAGAUCUGCCGUCUUUGGCCAAACCGAGGCAUCCUGGUGCAGCGGGCUCUGUCUGUACGCAUCUGGCCCUCAGCACAUGUGCCUGCAGUGUUGGGAUAAUUGUAAACUUGUAAACACAAUGGGGAAGACUACUGAAAAGACUGCCCAUCUGGGUCUGCUAGAUUCUGUGGCAUCUCUAAAUGUAUUUUAUCUCUGAGGAAACCUUCAAAUAGUAGCAGACGUUUUACAAAUUUAUAAAAGGUAGUCUUCUGAAUCUGUUUAUACAAUGAUGAAGGGAUUAAAAACUGCUCCCCCCCCCCCCGACAAUUUAUGUGUAUAUUGAAGGCUGGCUCUUCAAAAAACGUUCCUAAAAAAUGUUACAUAUUUCCUUGAAGAGCAGGUGAGUGAGGUUGUGCAGCAUUCCUGGGUGAUGUGAUGGGGUUUAUCUCGGGUUGGUCGGGUGAAAUGAUCCUUUCAGUGUCAUUUACCUGACUCCGAUAAAAUCUGCAAUCAUUAAAUGUAUCGCAUCUGUUCACUGCUAACUAACUGUAAUUGAUUCAUUGGCAAAGUAGCGCAUUGCUUAGAGUGUUGGCUCAAUCAAAGCGUUCAUCUGUAUAAAACGGCUCGGAAGUCUCUCUGCUCCAAGUCAGUCAGACAUUUAGGAGCUUGUUGCAGGCAAAUCUUGGGUUACUGCUUAGUAGAAUUAGGGAGCGAAAACACCAUAACUGUCGCAAGACCCUAGCCGAACAAAAAAAAGCAGUCAUCAGUGGUUGAAGGUGUUGGGCACAGAUCUGAGGUGUAGGACUGGUAUAAAAAAAAGACGUGCGUGAUUGCAAAA